AUGCUCCAACCUGAUAAUGUGCGUCCUCCGCCACAUCAAAAUAUCAAGGGCCAUAUAAUCCCCAUGCCUGGCCUUGCUUGCUUGUCAGCGACAGAAGUGUCCAAAGAAAUUUCGAAUUACAACGCCAAGUCUUUGGCACCAGGGGAAAUAAGCCACUCGUCAGGAACUUUGUACAUCAGUGGCGCCCCGCCUAAGAGGAUUGUCGAACAAACCAAGCACGUGGCCGAGCCACCCAAAGAGACAGAUCUAACUGGGUUCAAAGAGUCGCGUUUACCUCCUGCGCAUGAGUUUCUCGUUCACAAGACAGGUACUUUCACGUUUUUCAUUCUCAUGCAACCUAACAUUUGUAUCACGCAAUCUCUGCUCUUAUAACGCGUUACAAUCCUCACUGUCCCUUGCACUUUUGUAGAGAAGAAUUUCUUACAAAAAUCACUUUCGCGUUUUUCUGAAUUUCGUCUCUGCUAACUCGUCAUGCAAUCCAUCUAUCGUUUUCUUGUCACGUUACCCCUGACACCCUGAUCAUCGGUGCACAUUGAUGUUCUCUCUGACUUACCCCACCGUUUCUAAAACAAAAUUGUCACUUAAAAUUGCUUUUUACGGUUUAUUGCCGUCUAAGAAACCUCGAGAGACUGUAUUUGCAAAAGGAAACGUCUUUUGCACCCUAAUAGUUGCUAAUUAUAGACUAAUGCAAUGUUUUAUUCACAGUUCUCAAUACCUAUCAAAUGGUGGAGUGUAUGAAACUAAUCUAUCACAGUCGCUCUGUAGUUUACUAUUACUAUCACUAUGCCUGGCAACGAAACUCUGUUAGGGAUACGAUGUACACUGAGAAAAUACGGCGAGCGACUCGUUAGUCUGUUUCCAUUAAAGUAGACCUGAUGUGUUUGUGUUCACCGGUAUUACCAGUAAGCCUGUGGUACUGUUGAAAAAGAUGCCAAACCGUUAAAUAAUCUCCAAAGUUUUCUUGUACCGUAGAUCGUGCCAAAGUAUUUCGCUUACGACUAAAAACAGUAGAACAAUUCUUGUGGGACGUUUCCUUUAAGGGGACUCAAACUUUGGUCUUACCUGGAACAAGUGCACACAUCACUUUUGUAUUUUUUACCCAAGUCAAGAGGUAACUUUCCUUAGUCCUGGGUAUUUUCCUGAGCAAAGGUGUGACUGUUUAAUAUUGCGCGAAUUGUUUUCUUGAAGAAGUAGCUUAUUAUAUUUCCUUCAUUUAAGACUUUAUGGAUCAUCACCAUGUCCUUGAGAAGUCUCCUCCCAGCAGUAUUGACGGUAUAAGUUUGGAUGAAGGUGUCGACUCCAAAGGAUCUAUCGAUGAACCGACCAAUCUAGGAACCUCACCAUCUGCGUAAGUCAAUAUUCUUCUUUAAAUAUCUGAGGAUUAUCGAAUUUGUUGCACAAAGUUUUGUUUUGAACAAAUAUAAAUAUAGGGCUUGUAACCAAAGGUAUUUGAUCUUGACCAAAUAAUGUCUUUCUGUUCAAAUCAACCUCCUCUCCGCUUUUUUCCUAUUACCCCUUCCCCCCCCCCCGUGGCAUCCCCUCCUCUCUGCCUUCCUCCCCUCCCCUCCCUCAUUUUCUUUCUCCUGGAUGUUAUCUCUAUCCUACCCCUGUUUCAUCUCUUCCUCUGUCUACUACCUUCCUUCGUGGCUUGUUUCUUCUGUCUUCCCACUUCCUCGCUCCUUCCUUCCAUCUAACGUUACUCUCUGACCUCAGCAGCAGUGAUGGUCACACGGACUCAGCUUUUGGUGAAUCAAUCGUCAGUACCUCGUCAGUCUCCACGCCCGUUGCUGGUCGUUCGUCAAACCGGUUUAAUCCGGUAGCAAUCACGACAAUGAACCAAGAGGGAGAGGCUGUAACUGAUCUGGUCAGUCAACAGUCGAGUUCCAGUAAUCUCCUGGAAAGUGCUGCAGUCCAUUUGCAAGAAGCACGGGAAGACGAAGAAGCUGGAUACGCGAGACUGGAGGAUAUACGGUCCGCUAAGAAGAUACAGAAGAGGUAUAGCCACUCUAUCUAACAUUUCUAUAACUGCAAUGCUUCCAAGAGUAGAAGGCAAAAAUGAAUUAUUUGGUGUCGAGGUUAUCGUGGACGCCUUGAUUCCUCGUCAGAUUAAACGCGAGACUGAACUAUUCUGUCAAGGUGCUCAGCUGGCGCUCCACGAAAUAAGCACGAAUCUUUGAGCAAACUGAUUCUGAACGUGGAAUCGAUUCACACUUCUAAACUUGUGUCUAGAAAAUUGACCUUUAUUUCCACUCAAUCUGGGAAAUGGCGGCUGCACAUGUGUCUUCAAAGGUAUUUUUUAAUUUUUCAUCAGCAACUAUGAUCAAGUGAGAUUAAAUAAGCCGGCCAAAGAUGGCAGACUAGCCGAUAGUUUUGGCCGGUUAUCGGCCCCGAUUGAUAAUGUUCUUGUUUUUCAGUCCUGGAGAUGGUGUUACCACGGAGACUCAGACCACCCUAGAGGAGACAAGCACAUCGGCCACUCCUGUAGUUGAACCAAUUGUGGAACAGAUACAAAUCACCAAAACAGCUAGUGACGUUGAAGCCAUUAAAGACAUUUUAUCAGAGAUGGCUGACUUGGGGUGAGGCAUUUGUUGUUGGCGCUGAACCGAUAGAAAGCGCAUUUCUGGAAUAAACUUGAUUACAACGUUUUUAAGCUAUAUGGUGAUCAAUGAAAUCUGUUUCAAGUAGUCUACACUACUGGAACAUACAAACCUAAAGAACGUUGGUAUUUCGGUUGUCAUCAUAAUCGGAAAUAUGUUUCCUGCUCACUUAUUAACUCGUCUGGUAUGGUUUUUCUUUCCAUAUGGUUUUCCUCUCCAGUAGCAUCAACGAGCCACAGCUUCCCCAACUUAGUCACCCUAGUACACCACAGAGCGUCAGGAGUGAAGGUCCAAACGGAAAGGGUAGGAGUCCUUUGCUGUCUGAUGGAUCUGGGUCCUUUGAAAAUGCUGUACAGCGAAAGAAAUCUCAUCCUGUCUCAGAUAAAGGCUACGGGUCUACCAACAGUGUAUCGUCUGGUUCAUCGAAUGACAGUGAGUAUCGUCCACCACCUUCAUUACAACCAUAUUCAGUCCGUGAGUUGCACACUUGUAUGCGUAGAGUGCAGUGCGUGUGGCACGCUUUGUAACUCGUGCAAGAUUGAGUUUAAAGACACGCUAGCUGUACUGACAGCUACACGAUUAUAGAGAAGCCGAUGUGCUUGCGACAAAAUAAAAAUCGUGAAGAGUUACAGUGAAAUCCCCUUUUUGCUUCCGCUUAAAACUAUUGUGCGUCCUAUUUUUCAGAUGUGUUCCUUCCGGAAAGCCCGAAAAUUCCAGGAUUAAAAUUUGACAGAGACACUUCAGUGUUUUGGUAUAAACCAACCAUUUCAAGGACUGAUGGUAUGAAAUCACUUCCUUUCUUUGAUAUAUGAAGGCCUCGUACUGUACGGGAGACGCUGUUACUUGCAUUAGUUGUUAGCGCGCAGGUUUCCGAGCGGAAAUAACGUGGCCGUGUCACUUUGUUAAGUGUUAUGUAUUUCGGACUCUUACAGUAAUACUCUCCUCUCAGGAGUAUAAACAGGAACUAAUAGGCUGCCAAGAAACUUGUCAAAGUCUAUUCCUUGGAGUUUUCCUACGAUAGACUAUUCUCUUAUACCCCGAGAAUUAGCAAUACUUCCGGUACACCCUAGCAUCAGUGUGUAUAUUCUCGAUACUGUUUUCUAUGCAUUUCCUUUAGUACUGACCAGAGCUUCACUAUCAUUUCUUAUAUUCUCAAGACCAAACUUUUUGAGGCAGCAGUGAGACUGUAAGGAGAAAUGAGAUGCUGGUCACUCUGAUAUGAGCCCACUCUGACGAGUUUAUUACAGUUUGUCUUGUUUUCUUUUUCUUUAGCAAACGAUAUCCUAAAAGACUCAGAACCAGGUUCUUUUAUCAUCCGGGAUAGUCAGUCCUUCCCAGGGGCCUUUGGUUUAGCUGUGAAGGUCGCCGUGCCUCCCGCGCAUGUCCUUCAGGGACUUCAAGGAGACCUUAGUAAGUUGGAACACCCCUCCCCUCCUAAAGUAGUUAAGGAAAGAUUAAUAUUUUGCAAAGUACUUGCCACAGUUCCCGUUCGAUUUGUUUGAGAAUUUCACUAAAAGUUUACCUUUUUUUUCCCUUUCUGACACGAUUCGUUGAACGAUUUACUCCAGUCGGUCGUUUUCCUUAUUCUCAGAAUCCUUAAUUAUGCGCCUGUUUGCACUUUCGUUGUUUACCCUCAGGUGGCUCCUAAAAAAAGUACCGAUGUGAGGCCCCUUUAUUGCGUUUCUCUAUGAGACCCUUUAUUGUCUGUUUCUUUAGUUCCGUUUUGUUUCAGUACAACUGAAAAAAAGAGAGUUCUUCAUUGCGAUUUCGAAAGAUUACCAAAUGUUUUGCUUCUUUCAGCAAAAGUUGAUCUCGACAAUGAACUUGUUCGGCACUUUCUCAUCGAAACAACUAAGAAGGGCGUUAGGUUGAAAGGCUACAACGAUGAACCCAUUUUUGGUAAGUACUUGAACUGUAACUUGUGUUUCACCAGCCCAACUUAGUGUACAGUAUUAAACUUCUCCCAUAUCACUGGAAGUCUUUUCUAUAAAGCCAGCUUUAGCGGAAACCACACAGCACUUUGCCAGAUGGCAAAUUUGUUGGUUUGUUUGUUUUUACGUUAAAAAUUUAACCUAGAUCCCCCAUUCGCUUUGUCAGCCGCGCAGGUGAUAAUUUAAAGAGUUAAUACCGUGCUAUAUUUUUAUCUUUGUAGGCAGUUUGGCUGCUUUUGUGUAUCAACAUUCCAUCACUCCCUUGGCUCUACCAAUCAGACUUAAAAUGCCCGCUCAUGGUAAGGUGUCUGUUGUCGACCAGUUGUCGCAUUCUCGGCAAAAGCCACGCGCUUAUAUAGUUAUUUUAUCUAUUUUAUUAAGUACUUUUCAUUUAAUUUUUAGUGUUUCGUGUUGAUAAAAAAUAAACCCAGGCUUGCUGACUUGUUUAAUCUCGGUUUUCAUGUAACAAAAUCUUUUAUCUUCCCCGACAACGAUCGAUGUCUACAUCGAUGUGCCAUGUAUGCAAGUGUGUAUGUUUUCGAAUACUAUAAAAUUUGCAAUCCAGUAUCCACCAUUUUGCUUCUUAUUUCGAAUUUCGGAAUAUCGGAACCAUUAAUAAAUGUUCGCUAUGUUGACAGUCAUCAUAUCUCUUUUUUCAGACCUCCUAGCUGGAGAUAAGGACCAGUCUCUUGACAAGGAGGACGGUCAAAACUGGCCCAAAGGCGCUGGUAAGAUACUAGAAUUAUAACUGAUCUGUCUGGCUUGAUUUACGAGACGGUAGUUAUGGAUUUGAUCGUUCUCUGAAUGUUUUGCCUUCUUAUAGAUAAUUUUUUUAGAUUCUAGUUUCACGGCAGGGUGGUUCUAUAACCUGAAACUUCCAAAGAAGAGCAUUCUUCCCUCCUAUUUAGAGAGAAUUACUUGGAGCGUUUUGUCCAACAAGAACACAAGAAUAACUGACCCGGCCAGGCCUCGAACCCAGGCCGCCCCAUACGUUGUCUAGAUGGCGUAUCGCUUGCGCUUGCCUGGAGACCACUAUGUCAGGUGGUUACAUCAUCGGAUGUAGAGUAAUUUUCGUUUUGUUUUUCAGUUGGUUCCCUUAUGUAUCUCGGAAAGUGCGAGGUGGAAAUGUUAACUGGUGCCAGCGCUAUACAGCGAACUGUGGAAUUUCUGUCAACAGAAGAGGCUGCCAAGAAAUUCACGACAGUUAGCUUUAAGGUCACACCAGACGGAAUGACUGUUACAGAUACUGAACGAAAGUAAGAAACGUUGCAGUUAUAGAAAUAUGAACCACGUUACAAGGCAGUACCACGUGAUAGUACCAGUACCACGUGAUAGUAUUACUCAUUAACUUUUAUCAAAACCCUUUAACUCCCAUAAGUGAUCAAGACAGAAUUUCUCCUUACAAUAUCAAAACAAAAACAAACAGACAAAUGACUAGAGUAAAGGAAAAUAUCAAUUAGGGACUAUUAGUUGAUCCAAUACCAAAUUCUUUGAACUAAAAUCAUAAGAAUUGUAUGACAGGCAGUAAAGAGAAUUGCAAGUAAGAUCUUGGGAGUGAAAGGGUAAAUGAUCACACUGGGGUUUUAUCCUCCGACCCAAAAGUUAAAACCUUCUUGUUCAGCAUGGUAAACAGCGCCAUGAAAAUACAGCCCUGUAGCUUCCAUUGGAAUGGUCACACGAUGGACAAGUUUUUUACAGAACUUUUAUUUUUUAUUUUUUCCAGAGUUUUCUUCAGGCAGCAUUUCCACAUGAAGUCAAUUCUCUAUUGCGGUAUAGAUCCCAGCGAUAAAAGGUGAGAGGCAAGGGUUAGACUUUUUUUAGGAUUUUUUACAAUAAAUCAUUUAAAGUUGAGCGUAACAUUGGAUCGUGCAGUUUGAUCAUCCGGGUGGUGGUAGUCCUGUGCGCAUUUGAAGCUGUAGCUCCUUUUGGUGUAGUUGGUGUAGUUGCCGCAGUCGAUGAAGUUUAGUGCAGACGCGGUAGUUUGUCUUGAUGUUGUAUGUUAUGAAGCUGCGGUAGUUUGGUAGGUCGGUGGAAUCAUGCUGUGCGGCGUAGUUGUGGGAUUUGAUGAAAAGAUGGCUACUUUGCAACUCUUACUGUUUUUGUUAAAAAGUACUUAACAGCCCUGGUGUUCUUGUAUCUUAUUGCAGGUGGGAUCUGAAGACCACUACAUACAGUGGGAAGUCAAAGUAAGUCACGCAUUCGAAAGGAAGAAAUAAUGCCUCGCUUAUGGGGGGGGGGGAUGGGGGGGUUCUUUACGGGCUGAUUCCUCCCGGUUAAAAUCUGGGAUUUUGGGCUAACCCCACCCUCCCAUCCCCUGCAUAAGUUAACAGAGGAACUUAAGAUGCGGAGUUGUAUCACGAGUGUGUGAGUGGUGUGUUUGUUCGAUUGCAACUCAAUAAGGGGAAUCUUUGUAAACAAUGGUAUGGGGAAAGUUUUUGCGUGCGGGAGGUGGGAAUUAAAAACAGGAUUAGCGGAGAGUCCACUGUAGUCUUAGACAAGAUUAUCGUGAAAAACACCUUGGAGGCGCGGGGGCGUGGAUACUACUUACAAAAGGCUUCACAGGGAGUCUUCAGGACAUUGGACCACAUAAAAUCAAUACAAAUUUUAUUCUAACGUUCUAACAUCUCCCUUUGUUACUUGUCUUCGUUAGAUCAUUCGGUCUAGUGAUGCGAAAAACUGGAGGAGUACACAAUGAGUGUCAUUUAUUUGGAGAAAUUUGUAAGGACUGGCCAGCCAGCAUCCUCGUUAAUAUACUUAACAGGUCCAUGAAUUCGUCGACGUAACGCAGCACAAAGUAAUGUAAAACAACGCCUAGUAUAUCAGCGGAAUGUAACGGUUACGGAGAGAGGAGUCAGUUAUAUGUAAUAUCAGAUGUCAGAGGUUAAGUAAGAGAAGUCUCAAAGAAUGGUUAAAUAUGACUCGGAAACAAAGACAAGAAAAACGCUGCAAUCUUUUCCGAAUUGGAAAACAAUUGCGCGUCGAGUUUAUAUCGAACUAGUUACAUGGUGGACCCUGAUCAUCAACGGAAGCUUUCGGAAGUCUUCGCCACCACUUUGUCGUAUCCGGACAAUCAUCGUACUUCCGUUCUGCGUAAUCUUCCAGGGAAUAUCACUGGGAUGUAAAGGAGAUAAAAGGACUAAGUUAAUUACACAUGAAUAGAUAGAUUUUUGAUAAUGGUAAUCUUGAAUUACGAGAAAUGAAUAGAAUUUUAUAUAUUAUAUAUUUACAUAUACUGUUAUGUAUGAAUUAAUGCCAAAUUGGCUCAAGGUACAUGUAAUCUCCUUCUUGGGGAACAAAUGUUUAAAAAAAAAAAAAAUCUAAUUAUAUACAGUUAAACUACGAGAAGAAAUUCUCCUGUAAUUCAUAAGGUGAGAGAAGAGAAUGAUAACGAGAAUGAUUUGCGCGUAAACUGGAAACGAAAAGGGGAGAAUGGGCGGAUUUUUUUUUUUAUUUUCGUUCGCUAUUUUUUUUUCUUUCUUUUUUUUUUUUUUUUUUUUCCUAUUCCACCUUUACCUUUUUUAGGUCUUUUGAUUUAUUGGAAAGAUCAAUCUGAGAAAGGUGAACUGCUUAUGGCUUAAUGUAUAGUAAAAAUUUUGCCGCGAAGAGCAAAGUCCGCCCGUUAGAAUUUUUUUCGUUUGAAGGGAUUUGUCAAUGAAGAAACUAAUCGCCGGUAUAAAUUUAUUUGUAGGCGUAAAUGAGGUCAUUUUGAAGGGUUCCAGCAUGUAUCUCUUGGUUUUAAAUGCGUUAUGUUUUCUUUGGAAACGAGGAAACGUCGAGGUCGUUGCCAAGCCAUGAUAUCCAAAGUGAGCGUUAGAGCGAAGUAGAAAACCUUGGGUGUAGCUUGUUAUAGUUGAAAUUUAGACGAGUGCAGCGAGUGAUGUAAAUAUUUUUUUUUUGCCCUAUUACAGCUCUUUAAUGCGCUGGUCAAUCAGCUUUAAACACAUAACAAGCUAAAUACGCUUAUUUCCAUUUUGUGCAUUGAAAUUCGAUGGUUGUUGAUGCUCUUUUCGAUCUCCUUCACGGAACGCGCCUCAUACGCGUUUCAGUCAAAGUGCGAAAGUGAUACUCUACUCCUAUGUCGGACAACUUGCAAGACAACUUUAAUAAUAGAAAAAAAUCAGUAACUUCUCAUUGAAUACCUUACUGGUUUCCUCUAUGUUUUUUGGUUAUAUUUUUCGCAAGAAAUCCCAGAAAACCUCGAUGAUUUUACGGGAAGGUCUCCAUGGGGUGAUGUCCAUUUAAUUUCUUUCCCUUAAAUUUAACGGAAAUAUUUUUACGGUAAACUUUUCUCACGACUAUUGGUUAAAAUUUGCCGUUUCUUUUUACUCUUAAAGGCUAACGUUAAACCCCGUCGAGACCCUCCUGCGGCACUCUUAGUGCUUGGCUUCUGUAUUUGUCACAAUUACAAGUUUUUAAAGUGUUUUAAAGGUUAACGUUUCUAAGUAAAGAAUUCAUAUUAUUUUCAUAUUU